AUGGCGUGGCUUCCGCACGGAUGCUCGAGCUCCGGCCAUCUCUUUGGCGAUGGCCUGGGCGAGUCGGCCACGGUGCCGGCCGUGGCCACGUACCGCGGACGGCUCUGGUGUCUCUGGACAGAUCUCAAGGGCCAGCUGUGGUAUGCGCACACGGGCGGCAGCGGCAACGACGAGCAGUUUAGCGAGCGACGGCCGCUACCACUGAACGGGCUGCCAGUACUGGCCAACCUGAAUGGGGUGCUGCAUGUACUUAUCGUGCAGGCGGGCAGCGGCGAGAUGGCGCACUUUGUGCGCGACGACGACGACACGGCGAUGGAGUGGGCAUCGCUGGGUACGCUGGACACGACCGCAGGCUUCGUGGCCCAUUCGACGCCGGCCGUGGUAGCGUUCCACAACAAGCUCUUCCUAGCCUUUCUGCGGGACGGACAGCUCUACUUCGCCGUGUGGGCAGCGCUGGGAGCGGACGCAAAGACGUGGACGGCGCCGCAGGAGGUGGACGACAGCGGGGCGGCCACCAAGUUCCGUGGGAUCCCGGCGCUGUGCGUGAUCGACGGAGUGCUGCACCUGCUCUGCGGAGCAGACACGGAAGAGCGGCACAUCAUCGGCUACCGCUACGACUACAUUGCGCAGACGUGGGCGCAGAGCGACGACGUGUCGGAGGGCCGGGCAGCAUCGGGCGUGAGCGCGGUGUCGUUUGGGCGCAGCGCGUACCUGGGAAUCAUCGAGGCCGGGCCGGGCGACGAGUCGCACGCGGUGUACGUGGCAGCCUUCAACGAGGGCGUGUGGGAGGCGCACGAACAGGUGGCGGGCGCGUCGGCAGCCGAUCCGCCACAGAUUGCCAUCCUCAACGGGCGGGUACACUGCAUCUUCAACGACAACACAGCGACACGUGAUCUGCGGUGGUACUCGCGGCCGGUGCUCAAGUACGGGCUGUCAUCGUGGAUGGCGGGCGUGGACGACGACCGGGCACUGUCGGACCUGACGAUCCCAGGCACACACGACAGCUGCGCGCGCAGCAACAUCCCGUUUGUGCGCACGCAGUACCUGUCGGUGGCCCAGCAGCUGGCGUUGGGGAUCCGCUUUCUGGACCUGCGGCUGCGGCGACACAAGAACGGCAAGCUGUACUGCUACCACGGCGGGAUUCCGAUCGACUACCCGCGCUACCUGUCGUUUGAGACGGUGAUGGACGAGAUCUGGAAGUUCCUGUGGCCGGCCGGCCAGGACGAGCCGACCGAGACGGUGCUGGUGUCGAUCAACAACGACGACACGUCAGACGAGCAGAAGGCCAAUCCGGAUGUGUUCUACGGUGCUGUGGCUGACGCCGUGGCUGCGACGCCGCCGUGGCCGGGCAACGGACAGCACCGCUGGCAUGUGGAGCCACUGACGCCGCGGCUGGGCGACGUGCGCGGCCGGGCGGUGCUACUGCGGCGCUAUGCCGGUGACCCGACGGUGGCGGCGACGGGACGACACGGGCUCGACCUGUCGACUUGGAAAGACGACAACCCGGACUUUACGAUUGUGACACCGACACGAGUGCGGGUGCGCCUGCAGGACAAGUGGAAGUACGCAGAGCGGAUCGCGCUGCACGACCUGGUCGGAUCCAAGGCGUCGUUUGUACAGCAGAUGAUGGCCAACGCGGCCGGCCAGCUGGAGGCCACACCGGAGGAGCAGCACGACUGGUACGUCAACUUCUGUUCGGCCGUGGGCGACCCGGUCGAGCACGGCGAGAUCGCCGAGUCCAAGUGGAUUGCGGUGGGCGCGCACAGCGACUUUGUGGGCAAGUGGGUGCCGGGAAUGAAUGUGCAGACGAGCGCACAUCUGCAAGAGAAGUACGGCGCCGGUGUGCGAGCUCGGCUGGGCAUUGUCAACCUCGACUACCCGGAGCUGCCAGAGGACAAUGACCUGGUGGCGCGGCUGAUUGAGACGAACCUGGGGACAGACAACGAGUAG